ACAAUUCUACGGCAUCCCACCAUCCAAUUGAUUGCUUGUUCAAGAUUCGAGAAGGAGUUCCAGUGCCCUAGAGAAGAAGAAGAAGAAGGAGAAGAAGAAGCGUUUGGUUUGAGGGAGAAUUCGCGCCAGAAAUGAUCGACUAACCCAAGAAUCCACCACAAUUAAUUCUAACGACAGGGGUUUACUUGUUGAUCUAUUGAUUUUGGUUUUCUUUUGAGGGAUAUGGGAGAACAAGAGGGGAAGAAGAGGAGGGUGGUGGUCGAGUCACUGGGAUGGCUGACGGAAUCGUCGAUAUUGCCAAAGAAGCACAGAACCAUAGAAGGAGUUGGUGCCUCUUCCAUCCUAGAGCUCAAGGCCCAGCUCUACAAAUCCCAGGAAGAGGCCAAGGUUUCCAAGCAAACCUCCACCGUUUCAGAUGCUAAUUACCACCGCGCCAAGAAGAAAAUCAGUCGCUCUGAUCCUUUCUCCGCCAAGAACUCCGGCGUUGAGUCCCGCGCUCUCAAGGACAAGCUCGAGCUUAAAGCGAUUGAUGAUGGGUCCGCCAGCUAUGCAGCAUUGGAGAAGAAAGCAGAGCUAUAUGAUAAGCUAGUAAGGGGAGAGCUUUCUGAUGAGGAAGGCGAGGAGAAGUAUUGUGUUGAUUUUUUCCGCAAGGGAAUUGAGCAAGAGGAGUCGCAGCAGCCACAAAGCCAUGAUGCUUCUACCACAGUAGCUCAUCCGGAAAAUGAAGAUGGUGGGAAGGAUGAUUCUCUUUCCUUCAGCACAAAAUUUGUGGGGCCUGGACGAACUUCUGAAGCAGUGGACAGAGAUAAACACAAGCGUUUUGUUAGGGAAGUUCAUGAAGAAGCAAAUCAAGCAAGAGAAAAGGUUUCAGAAAUCAAGCUGCGUAGACAAGAACAAGCAGCAGCUCAUCGUGAGAAACUAAGACAGGCAUAUCUUCGCAAAAAAUUGGAGAAAUUGAAAGCUGCACCCAAUGCAGAACAGGAAUGAUUAGCAGAAGGUGGGAAGUGAUAAUGCCAUAACUCCGACGGUUGAUCAAUUUAAACAAUUGAUGCAGCUCAAAUGAGCAAAGUGGAAAAUUGAUAAAAUUUUGUGAAAUUUAUGUAAAAAUCCAAAAGAACUCUUUGCCGACAAUUGCCUGCUUUCAUCAACGUACCCAUGUACAUCCAACUUUUGAGUUAGCAUACAGAUUAGAUUUUUAGACUUGGUAAUCUUGACCCUUGCUGAUUUUUGUUAAAGGUAGAUAUGAAGAAACACUUCUCAAUAUUUAAUUUGCUUGCGGAAUUACGCCUUGCGUUUUCUUGUUGUGCAGUCAAAGGAUUGAGAUAAUAUUUGGAUUAAUGUUCAAUUUCAUCUUGUAUGUA